AUGGCGGGCAAUUUCAACUUCAAUUUUGGCCGUGAUCUAUUUGGAAAGAAACCAUUGCCUCAAAAGUCCCCUCUGGCUCUCCGGUUCGUCCUUCUCAACCACAACGAAGACGAGGUCGGGAACGACCCCGAAGAAGAAGAUGAUGAGGACUGCUACGUUUCUACAGAUUCGGAAGACUAUGUCAACUCAUAUGAAAGGUUCAUUACCAGGAAAAACAAUGACUCCCCUCCUGCCUCUCGCCGCCGCAGCCAUAGUGGUGCUGUCUCUCGCCCGAAGUCUGAUAGUCCUUUUUAUCUCACUCCCGAUUCAUCUGCCAGUGACUCACGUGUAUAUGGUCAAACUUCUUUAACCCUCGAUCAGGCUACUAAACGUUAUCGUGGAGGCCAGAACCCCGAGGGACCUGAAGCACCAGGAUCAAGAGCUGGCUUUUACAACGUUCUUGACGCAGGCCCAAACAACAAGUCGCAUGGUCGUUCCCAUUCUGUUGGCGAUAUCCUGACCGUCGCAGCAACCGUUAAAGCCCUCCCCUUUUCGGGUAAUGGAGGUGGGCCUUCUCGUCAACCCUACAUGAAGUUUGAGUGUAACCGCCCCAGGACGCUCGCUCAGAUGAGAACCGCGAAAGCUAGAAGGAUACCCCCUCCACCGCCACUCUAUCAGGAUAGAUCAUUUGCCCAAUCCUUCAAGUCCUUCUUUUCCUUUGGGUCGCCCAAGGCUCCCUCUUCGCUGGUCACUUCGCAGUCACUUGAUGUCCUCCCCACUAUUACGGAUGCUCCCCAGAAACAAUCUAGCAUCUACUCCCGUAGUGGACUCAGUGCUCUCUGGAACAAGGUCAAAAACAUGAAGUUUGCGGGGCGUUGCUUUGGUAAACAGGCAGUCGUUAUGGCUCCUAGUCCUAUUUUGAAACCAGUUCCUUCGCCGCCACGGUUAGGAGCGGGCUUGGAGGCUUUGCAACGACGGAACUUCAAUGGCAUCAAUGUUGCUACUAAGGUUCCACCCGUUGACUAUGAUGAACUUUUUGCUUCCUACGGCGCGACAUACGUUUGA